CAGCGCGGGCGCGAGCUCCCGGGGCUUCGGGUGGGCGGCGGCGGCGGCGGCGGCGGCAGCGAAGUCCCGCGCAGGCUGGAGGCCGCCGAGGCUCGCCAUGCCGGGAGGACUCUAGCUCCCCCAUGGAGUCAGCCGACUUCUACGAGGCGGAGCCGCGGCCCCCGAUGAGCAGCAACCUCCAGAGCCCCCCGCACGCGCCCAGCAGCGCCGCCUUCGGCUUUCCCCGAGGCACGGGCCCCGCGCAGCCCCUUGCCCCACCUGCCGCCCCCGAGCCGCUGGGCGGCAUCUGCGAACACGAGACGUCUAUCGACAUCAGUGCCUACAUCGACCCGGCCGCCUUUAACGACGAGUUCCUGGCCGACCUGUUCCAGCACAGCCGGCAGCAGGAGAAGGCCAAGGCGGCCGUGGCCCCAGCGGGCGGCGGCGGCGACUUCGACUACCCCGGCGCCCCCGCCGGCUCCGGCGGCGCCGUCAUGCCCGGGGGGGCGCACGGUCCCCUUCCUGGCUACGGCUGCGCGGCGGCCGGCUACCUGGACGGCAGGCUGGAACCUCUGUACGAGCGCGUCGGGGCGCCGGCGCUGCGACCGCUGGUGAUCAAGCAGGAGCCGCGCGAGGAGGACGAGGCGAAGCAGCUGGCGCUGGCCGGCCUCUUCCCCUACCAGCCGCCGCCGCCGCCGCCGCACCCGCACGGGCACCCGCACCCGCCGUCCGCUCACCUGGCCGCCCCGCACCUGCAGUUCCAGAUCGCGCAUUGCGGCCAGACCACCAUGCACCUGCAGCCCGGCCACCCCACGCCGCCGCCCACGCCGGUGCCCAGCCCGCACCCAGCGCCUGCGCUCGGCGCCGCCGGCCUGCCGGGCCCAGGCGGCACGCUCAAGGGGCUGGCGGCCGCGCACCCAGACCUCCGCGGGGGCGGCGGCGGCGGCGGCGGAGGCGGCGCGGGCAAGGCGAAGAAGUCGGUGGACAAGAACAGCAACGAAUACCGGGUGCGGCGCGAGCGCAACAACAUCGCGGUGCGCAAGAGCCGCGACAAGGCCAAGCAGCGCAACGUGGAGACGCAGCAGAAGGUGCUGGAGCUGACCAGUGACAAUGACCGCCUGCGCAAGCGGGUGGAACAACUGAGCCGCGAACUGGACACUCUGCGGGGCAUCUUCAGCCAGCUGCCUGAAAGCUCCCUGGUCAAGGCCAUGGGCAACUGCGCGUGAGGCGCCGCGGCGGGACCGCCCUGGGCUGGCUCCUGGCGGGGACCUGGGGAGUGGUUUCGGGUCGCCGGAUCUCCAGGCUGCCCAAGCCACGCAAGCCAGGACUAGGAUAUCCCUGAAAGCCUGGCCUGCCCCGCGUGUCUCCGCCGUUCCUCUGCGCCAGACUCGGUGCCUCUAAGAUGAGGGGUCGGGCAGUGGCUUCUCCCUGGGAGAGGGGAGAAGCGCAGUGGGGCUGAGCCGGGAGCCCGGCAACUCUAGCGUUAAGGAGUAACCUGGUGCCUUGGAAACGCAAACUCACGGCUCCAAUUCCUACCGAGUAGGGGGAGCAAAUACGUGCCUUGCCAUUUAAUUUGGAGGGUUCCUGCCUCCUUCCCGAGGCUGCAGCAGGCCCCCGAGAGAGAAGAAGGGGUGGAGACCCACGCAGGAGGAAAGUUCAGGUAGCUGAUCCCACCAAGCCAGUUUCUCUGCUCCUCUUCUUACAGGGGAAGAAACAGGGACGCGGGGCUCUGAACCCAAGGUUGACCCCCUAGGUCUAAAGGAAGGGGAGAGUCCCUAGUUGCUCGCCUUUCUCCUCCAAGCCUGCAACAGGCUGGACUUCCCCUGGUGGACUCACUGAGACGGGGGUCACUAGGUGAACACUGGGAGUCCCACCUCUGCAAGCCAGACCAGAAAGCUAGGCCAUAGGUUAGCCAGAAGGACAUGUGUUUGUCCAUGUCAGUGGUGGCCUGGUGGAAGAGGGCAACUAGAGGCCUUGUCUAGGGCUGGGGGAGGGGGUGAUGGGACACUGGGAGCAUCGCCUUGUCCGUACUGUGUGUCACCAGCUUGCGAUAGGAACAUGAAGUACAAUCAAUCCAUCCCAGAGGGACCGGAGUUAUGAGAAGCUUUCCAGAUAUUUUGCUUUAUCAGCCGAUAUCAACACUUGUAUCUGGCCUCUCUGGGUCCCAGUGGUGCCUUGUGCAAUGUGAAUGUGCACAUCUAUGCUAAACCACCAUUUUAUUUGGUUUUUGUUCUGUUUUGGUUUUGCUAAGAUACUUGCCAAAAUGAGACUCUUUGUCAGCAGUGCGGGGGAGGGUCUGAGGCUGUCUUUCCUUUUGGUUUUGGGAUUGCUCUUGCUCGGGUGGGACCAAGGAGGUGAGGUGGGCUUCCCCUUCUGCCUCAGCUUUCCCUGGGGGUGGCUGUGGACCUCGGUCCCCCCCCAGCCAGGCUGCCCACAGGAUUGUUCCCCCAGAGGCCCUGGCUCCAGGUCUGGAAAGGAGGCGGCUUCCAGCCAACAUGCAGUCGGGAACACAGUUGCUGGGGGCCAGGGCAGGGAAGGACAGUUUGAUUCUCUUCUUUUUGGGAGAUCAUAGAGUUUCAUGCUAGGGGUUUUAUGUAUUAUAUCUAUAAUAUAAACAUAUCAAAGUGAAUUUCUGGUGUAUUUUUAAAACCAGAAAGAAGCUACUUACAAGGUUUGUUGUGGGCCUGAUCACAUUUGUAAAUAAUCACUGCAUAUUUUCUGGCCGUGGGCCUGAUUUCAUUAGCUCUCCACCCAUCCUGAGCCCCUCCUCACCUUAGGGAUUGACUUUUCCCAAACAAGGCAGAUGAGGGGCAGGGGAAGGACAAAGCCCCAAGAGAAUGAGUCUCUUUCUGGGGAUGGGGGCACAGGCCCUUGGUGUGGCCUCUCAUCUUCCCCUGGGGGAAGUGGGACUCUGAGAGGGAGUCCUUGGCCUGAGGCUUCCAUGGCCUUUUCGGGACUUGGGCUGACCCCGCCCAGCACUCAGGGGGCCCCUUGGCCACACUUGCUUCCAAGCCACUCACAGGUCCAGCUCCAAGCAGCCUUGCUCACCCCUUCAACAGGACCAGGGCAGGCAGGAAGAUGCCUGAGUGAUGGGACCCUCCACCCCUCCCCACUUUCCCUGGGCCAUGUGGCUAUGGCCACCCCAGGAUGCCCUGAAGCUGUGCACCUCUCCACCCAACCCCAGACCUGCUGGGCCCCAGCCCACCACAGGAAGAGUGCCACCACAGUCCUGCCAUGGGCUGGAGCUGCUUCUCCCUGGAUGCCUGGUCCUUCCCCACACAUCACCCUUCAGCCCAAGAACCAGCUCCAACCUUGCCCCCCCCCGCCCCCGCCAGCCCCAUCCCCAGCGGAUACCAAGCAGGAGGCUGACUCCUGAAGACACCCCACCCCAAUGGCUGUCCAGAGAGGACAGUCGCCCAAGCACUCCCUUAGUGGCAGAGGUACUCAAAGGAAGGCACUCCCUCAGUCUUGGGAAGAAGGAGCCCAGGAGCCUGACGGCGUUUUUUCAGGUUUUACCCUCUCUGAGGUAAAAGGCAAAGCACAUUUUCCCUUUUGUUUUCAUCGUUCAGCUUGCAGUACAUGCCAUUGUGGACGGGAGCGGUUUCAAGAAACUACAAAUUCUUUUUCAGUUCUGAAAGCUUGAAGUUUACCUGUCUGUGUGGUUAACAAGGUCAACUUGUCCCCUGCCCCUGCCCCCAUCCCCUCCGUCCUUCCUCUCACCAUCUCCUCACCCAUGGCAGCGCUUGGUGGAGGAAAGACCAUGAGCCCGGUGAGGAGGCGGCUGCCUGCCCUCCCGCCCUGGGAACCGGGAGCCAGGGCCGCAGUGCCUGCCUGGAGGCUGGGGCAGGCCACAGCUUGCUAGGCACCCAGCAAACCCUCUCUGAGUUCAGCGCUAAUUCCAGUUUUUCUUGUUUGAGGGGGCCAAUCCUCGGCUUCCCCCUUUGCCCCCAGAACAAGUCCCAGGAUGAGAGGGGGGAGGAGCACCCUCCUGCCCUCCCUUCCCCUCCACCUUACCAUCUCCAGGGGUUUCCGUUUUGAAAGCCUGCAGCUCCUGGCAGGGCACUCCCUCCUACUGCAGGUUCUGGGGUCCAGGUCGGACUCGGGGAGGAAGAGCUGAAUCCAGCCACAUCUAGCCCCAGGAAAGGGAUGGGGCUUGUGGGGCCCCCAGUGGGGCCCACAGUAGACAGAGCAGCCUGUGGGGAAGGGGGGUUCAGGCCACUGUGGGGUGAACCUGCCCUGCGCAUACUCUGUCCAGGAUGAGGCCUUGCCUCGUCACCAUUGCUUCCUCCAGGCCCCUCACAAGUCCCUUCCUGACUGUAGCCUUUGAGAAGAACCACUCCAAGAAAACCCCAAGUAUUUACUGGAUGCCUAUUGGAGCCCUGGUGGCACAGUGGUUAAGAGCUAUGGCUGCUAACUGAAAGGUUGGCAGUUCGAAUCCACCAGCAGCUCCUGGAGAGACAGAUGUGUCAGUCUGCUUCCGUAAAGACAAGCUUGGAAACUGUAUGGGGUCCCUAUGAAUCGGUAUCAACAUAAUGGCAGUGGAUUUGGUUUGGAUUGUGUGCCCAGGCCUGUGCCAAGGAGGAGGCACUCAGCUGGAAACAGGCAGACUCAGCGGCCCCUGAGUUCGCAGCUUGUGGCCCGAGGAUGC